UUUCUUUCAACUUAUUCGCAAAUCCAACAGGAAUCGGCGCAGGAAACGGAAGCACAAUUCAAAAUCCUAGAAGAUGGCCACAUCGAUCACGAGGGAUCUCACGAUUUACAAGCAGUUGUGUAACGAUUACGUGAACCUGAAAACUGUCGCUGAUCAUUGUAACAUUGGCCCAAGCCAAUUGCAAAGGUGUAAAGAUGCCGUAAAAGCUGAAGUAAAUUCAACGCGAAAGCUCUGCCGUGUCCAUCGGUUGAUCGACUUAUUUCGACUGCUGGAAAUACGAAACCUUUUAAGCAUGAUAAAGGUUGAGCCUCUAAUAGUUAUGGAUAAAACUAUUGGGGACACAAAAUAUACUAAGCAGUUGGAAAAUUAUAGAUCUUUGUUAAAGCAACACUACGCUUCUAUUAAACGGUUGUAUCUAGAAGAUCUCCGUCAUCGUGAUCGAAGAACAUUGUUGGAGAAAGAAAUCGAACAAGCUAAGCUAGGCGAUCCGGAGUCAAUUAUAUCAGAGCCAAAACAUGAAUCCCAUGGUGAAGCCAAAAACUUCUCCAGAUAUCGUUGUGAGAUUCAUCAGCUGUUGGUCAACGAAAUAGGUCGUGAUUGGAAUGCCUUAGGCCGUCAAUUACAGCUCAAUUCCGCAAGCUUAUUUGCAAUAGAGGAACGUCGUCCACGAGAUGUAAAGGAAAGAAUUAGCGACGUUCUGGAAGAAGCUGAGAGAAAUUGUUCAAGUGAGCAAGCAUUUUUACUUCUGCUCGGAGAAGCGUUGAUUAACAUUAGAAGAAAAGAUCUGAAACGUAAGGUAGAUAAAAUGACGAGCUGAUGGCGGGGGUUUCUUUUUAAUUUGAAUGCAGACACACUUCGUUCUAGAAAAGCAAGUAUAAUGAGUGCUUUCACACAAUCAUUCACUUUCGUUUAUAAUAAAAAAAUAAGCCAUAGAUAACUAUCAUUAUUGUAAAUUAUUAGUUGAUAAUCCAUUAUAAUUAAUAAUCAAUAAUUUUAAACUGUUUCUGGUUGAAUUCAAUAUAUUGCUGCUUGAUGCAGUAACAAAUGGUUUCUCUAUUCUAUGAAAGGAAAUAAGCACAAGACCCAGCUGCUUGGUCUGUUGCGUUGUUUUACAACCCAAAUAUGCGUGUGGUCGUUAUUUCCUCGAUUCUAACAAAUCCAUUAAACAAAAGUGAAAGUAGUCUCUCACAUAACUAAA